GUGAAUGAAAAAAAGGAGGUCGCCAGCGGUACCCGGGACUGCAGCGCCUGGGGAGCGGGCCGGGCGCGUAGCGGCGGCGGCCUCGCCCCUCGCCUCGGCCCCUGCGCGCCGCCCGCAGCUCGCCAGCCCGCGGCCCUGCCAGGUCCGAGCGGCCGCGCCUCCAUGACAUUGGGCGCCCGGGAGAUGCUGAUCCGGAAGAGGCAAUGGCUGCAGUGCUGCACGCGCGGAGCGUCCCGGCCCGCGCUCCGGCCUGGGCUGCUCUGCCAGAGUUUCUGAGCUAACGCGACCCGGGCCUGGAGCCGGCGGCAGCGGCAGCAGCGGCAGCGGCAGCAUCGUCCUAUAACUUGCAUCGUCCUGUAACUUGCACGCUCGGAGAGACCCCAGACAUUUCACUAAAAUGAGCGUGCUUAGCAGGAAGCGAUGUGUUCCCUACACUAGAAAUUACCCCGUCACAUGUAGUGGUGUUCCGAUUAAUGGAUUCUGACAUGGAUUAUGAAAGGCCAAACGUAGAGACCAUCAAGUGCGUGGUGGUGGGGGACAACGCUGUGGGCAAGACCAGGCUCAUCUGCGCCCGGGCCUGCAAUGCCACCCUCACCCAGUACCAGCUGCUCGCCACCCAUGUGCCCACGGUGUGGGCCAUCGACCAGUACCGGGUGUGCCAGGAGGUGCUGGAACGAUCUCGUGAUGUGGUAGAUGAUGUCAGUGUCUCCCUCCGCCUCUGGGACACCUUUGGAGACCACCACAAAGACCGUCGCUUUGCUUAUGGGAGGUCAGAUGUGGUGGUUCUGUGCUUCUCCAUUGCCAACCCCAAUUCCCUCCACCAUGUCAAGACCAUGUGGUACCCAGAAAUCAAGCACUUCUGUCCCCGAGCUCCUGUCAUCCUCGUAGGCUGCCAGCUGGACCUGCGCUACGCUGACCUGGAAGCUGUCAAUAGGGCCAGGAGACCCUUGGCUAGGCCCAUCAAGCCGAAUGAGAUCCUCCCCCCUGAGAAGGGCCGGGAGGUGGCCAAGGAGUUGGGUAUCCCCUACUACGAGACCAGCGUGGUGGCCCAGUUUGGCAUCAAGGACGUCUUUGACAAUGCCAUCCGAGCCGCGCUCAUCUCCCGCCGCCACCUGCAGUUCUGGAAGUCCCACCUCCGCAACGUGCAGCGGCCCCUGCUGCAGGCGCCCUUCCUGCCCCCCAAGCCGCCGCCCCCCAUCAUCGUGGUGCCCGCCGCCCCCUCCAGCAGCGAGGAGUGCCCCGCCCACCUCCUGGAGGACCCGCUGUGCGCGGACGUCAUCCUGGUGCUGCAGGAGCGGGUGCGCAUCUUUGCCCACAAGAUCUACCUCUCCACCUCCUCCUCCAAGUUCUACGACCUGUUCCUCAUGGACCUGAGCGAGGGGGAGCUGGGAGGCCCCUCGGGGCCAGGGGGGCCCCGCCCGGAGGACCACCGGGGUCACCCUGAUCACCACCACCAUCACCACCACCACCACGGGCGGGACUUUCUGCUUCGGGCCGCCAGCUUUGACGUGUGUGAGAGCGUGGACGAGGGCGGGGGCUCCGGGCCCGCCGGGCUCCGGGCCUCGACCAGCGACGGCAUCUUACGGGGCAACGGGACAGGGUACCUGCCGGGCCGGGCCCGAGUGCUGUCUUCCUGGAGCCGAGCUUUCGUGAGCAUCCAGGAGGAGAUGGCGGAAGACCCUCUGACCUACAAGUCCCGGCUGAUGGUGGUGGUCAAAAUGGACAGCUCCAUCCAACCAGGGCCUUUCCGGGCUGUUCUGAAGUACCUGUACACGGGCGAGCUGGACGAGAAGGAGCGGGACCUCAUGCACAUCGCACACAUCGCCGAGCUGCUCGAGGUCUUCGACCUGCGCAUGAUGGUGGCCAACAUCCUCAACAACGAGGCCUUCAUGAACCAGGAGAUCACCAAGGCCUUCCACGUCCGCCGGACCAACCGGGUGAAAGAGUGCUUGGCGAAGGGCACCUUCUCAGAUGUCACCUUCAUCCUGGACGACGGUACCAUCAGCGCCCACAAGCCCCUGUUGAUUUCCAGCUGCGACUGGAUGGCUGCCAUGUUUGGAGGGCCGUUUGUGGAGAGUUCCACCCGGGAGGUGGUGUUUCCUUACACGAGCAAGAGCUGCAUGCGGGCCGUGCUCGAGUACCUCUACACGGGCAUGUUCACCUCCAGCCCCGACCUGGAUGACAUGAAGCUCAUCAUCCUGGCCAACCGCCUCUGCCUGCCACACUUGGUUGCCCUCACAGAGCAGUACACAGUGACGGGGCUGAUGGAAGCGACCCAGAUGAUGGUGGACAUCGAUGGGGACGUCCUGGUGUUCCUGGAACUGGCUCAGUUCCACUGUGCGUACCAGCUGGCCGACUGGUGUCUCCACCACAUCUGCACCAACUACAACAACGUGUGCCGCAAAUUCCCCCGAGACAUGAAGGCCAUGUCCCCAGAGAACCAGGAGUAUUUCGAGAAGCACCGGUGGCCACCCGUGUGGUACCUGAAGGAGGAGGACCACUACCAGCGCGCCCGCAAGGAGCGGGAGAAGGAGGACUAUCUGCACCUGAAGCGGCUGCCCAAGCGGCGCUGGCUCUUCUGGAACAACCCCUCGGCGCCCUCCUCCUCUGCUGCCUCCUCAUCGUCCCCCUCGUCCUCCUCGGCUGUGGUCUGAGAGGCCCCCGGCCUGGGACCCCGCUGCUGCUGUCCCCCCGUCACCCCUGCCCCUCCGCUCCUCUGCAUCGCCCUCACCCCUUCCGGGGACGAGGGGGGCCCACGGAACCAGGACCCUGAGGGCAGAGCGGGUCUUGCCAGCCAGGGCGAGAGGGGACGGGGCCCCUGGGACCAGAGAGACCCCCUCAGAGGUCCCCGGUCCCAGAGCCGGGCGGGUGGCCGCUGGCGGUGGCACCGAGCCUCUGGGUUGGGGAGUAGCGGGGGGGCGGGGAGGGGAGCCCCCUCCCCAGACUGAUUCCUGCUCCGCAUGGAGGGGUCAGGGCAGAGAGGAAACCGUUAGAGCUGCCCCCACCCCGCCCUCUGCCCACCCGAGGGCUGCGGGCACCCAGGCCUGAGGAAGCGGGGAGGGGGCCGGGCCUCUCGGUGCCACAGAAAUGCCCCUCACCUCCUGCACCAACUCAGACGGGAGCCCAGGGCGGAGCAGGGGUGCGGGGAGCCGGGCAGCCCCCCAGGCUCCUCCCUGCCGGAGCUUAGCAUGGCUUCUUAGGCGUGGGCUACGAGUAGCAAAAACACAAAACACAAAACCCACACCCCCCAAUCAACAACGCGACCACUGCAGAGACCCCCCUCUCCUCGUCCCGCCCAGGAGGAGACAGGAAGAGCCCCCUCCCCUCCACACCCCCUUGUGGCUCUUGUCUUCGCAAAGCUGCGGGGCUGCCUUGGCGAGGAGAGAGGAAGGGGGGAUUGCCAUCGUGGAUGCCAGCGUCGCCCAUGGGGGCUCGGUCACCCGCUGCCCGGCCUUGCCCGCAGUGCGUGGGAGGGGUGGGGGUGGGUGGGGGCUCUCAGGGACGGGACCCUUGCUUGUGCCCCUUGGAGGGGGGGGCCGGGGUCUGUGGCUGUUGAGUGGGUCAGGAGGGGACGCUGGUCUGGAGAACGGGGUCCCUGCCCUGGGGUUCGGAGGGUGCGGCCUCAGGCAGGCGGGUCUGGGAGGAAAGGAAAUGAGGGAAGCAGGGAGCACCGGCCGGGAGCACGGCCCGGGUUCGUGCUGAGGGAUGAGAAUCAGGUGGGGGGUGGCGCGUGGGGGUUGCAGAUGGGAUCAACUGUGCAACCCCAGCUGGGCGCAGUGGGUCAUAAUGAGCCCUUCCCCCAUUUUUCAACCCAAUCUAUGGUCCAUACCCCCCCUCCCACCACCACCUCUAGAUUGGAGAGACGGAGUCCCUGGGGGUGGGGGUGGGGCGGGGCGGCAGUGAGGUCCCGAGAGCGAGAGCGCAGAGCCCCACUGUCCCCACACCUCAGAAAGCUGCCCCGGGGUGGGGGGGGGCCCACCCCCCAAGCUUGGCUUCAGGACUGGGAUGGAGCCAACCCAGAGACAGGAAAUCUUGGCAACAAUCUAGUGGUGCCGACACCAAGACAGAGAACGUUUUAAGGUGGGGUCCCCAUCAGGAGCUGGGGGGAGGACUCCCGGUAGGUCUAGCUCGAGCUUACCUUAGGGGAAGACCCAGCCAGAAGGGCUGGCUGGGAAGCCGGCUUCCUGCUGCCCCCUGCUGGCCGGUGGCCUCCUCCGGGGCGUGGAUAAGGAAGCCCUGGAGUGGGCAGUGGCUUGGCUCAGCACCCUGGCUGAGCGGCAGGGGGCAGAGUCGGGGGGGGGGGGGGGCACCUGUGUGCUGCAGGUGCCCCAGGGACCCUACAUGGGCAGGGAGCCAGGACCUAGAGACCGAGGGGGAGGGAACGCUGUCCUUGGCGGAGAAGCCUGGCGUGGCUGAUGCAGACAGGCAGACUGGCCACGCAGGACAGGGGCCCCACAACGACCCCGCGCCCGAGGCCGGUUUGCCCCUCAGGGACCCACUGCCCCUUCCCCGAAGACGCUGCCGGAGCCAGCAGACACCAGCUGGGAGCCCAGCUGACUCAGGAGAGGGCAGGAGCCCCCUCCCAGGGGGUCGAAGCACGCUAGAGUGCAGCCCCCCGCCCGCCCCCCAGGAACCUGGCCCUGGGGAAUUCAGAGCUACGGGGUGUGUGUGUGGGGGGGGUCCUGCAGAGCAAGCCCGAGGCCUCCGGGGGACAGGAUGGAGCGAGGCGCCUAGCAGGAACCCCCUGUGCUCACCGGAAGCUGCUGUGGAUGGGAGGAACAAACCACACCUCUUUUUAUAUAAGGUUUCAUAUUUAAUUUGGUCAUGAAUUCAUAAAUACAUGAGUAUUUUGUA